ACAUCACUCUCAUCCUCUUCACUCAACGCGCUUGCGUGCCUUGGCUACUGUGUACCAACCCAGAGACCGGCAGCUUAGCCAUGGCGUUCCUCCGGCCUUGCGUGGUGGCCUGCGCCGCCGCCGCCUUCCUCGUCGCUGCUGUCGGCGCCCAGUUGAUGGAUCCGGGCAAGCCGGACGGGAUCACGUGGAGCGCCGACGUGAUCCCCAUCGUGAAGCCCCAAGAGCAGCCGACCGUGGCGAGCUGCUACAACAAGGCCAACCCGGCGCAGGACCCCAUUUGCCAGAUCGAGGCGCGCCGGUGCCCCCCCGGCUGCCCCGACUCCUGCUAUGUGCACUGCCCCUCCUGCAAGCUCGUCUGCCUCUGUGAGCUGAUGAACACGGCGUGCUACGACCCGCGCUUUGUGGGCGGCGACGGCAACAAGUUCCUGUUCCACGGCCGCAGGGACGCCGACUUCUGCCUGCUCUCGGACACCAACCUGCACAUCAACGCGCACUUCAUCGGCAAGCAGAACCGGCAGGCGGGGGCACGGGACUUCACCUGGGUGCAGGCCCUGGGCAUCCGCUUCGGCGGCCACCGCCUCUACCUCGGCGUCAAGCGGACCGCCACGUGGGACAGCGCCGUGGACCGCCUCGUCAUCACCUUUGACGGCAUGCCCGUCGAGCUGGAGUCCAGCUGGACCCACCCCUCGGCGCCCGCUCUGUCCAUCUUCCGCACGGGCGCGGCCAACGGCGUCGUUGUGCGGCUCGACGGGCGGUUCCGGAUCGUGGCCAACGCGGUGCCGGUCACCGAGGAGGACUCCAGGGUGCACGACUACGGCUUGACCGCUGCCGACGGGAGCCUGGCGCACCUCAACGUGGCCUUCAAGUUCUACUCCAUCAGCGCCGACGUGCACGGCGUGUUGGGGCAGACGUACCGCUCAGACUACGUCAGCGCCGGGGGCGUCGACGUGGGCGCCAAGAUCCCCGUGAUGGGGGGAACCAGCAAGUACACGGUUUCGGACAUCUUUGGGACGGACUGCGAGGUGGCGCGUUUCGCUGGCGAGGAGGAUGUCAAGGCGGUGGUCGGCCUGAUCGACGAGCCGGCCGACGCGAUGUGCGGCAGCGGCAAGGGCGGCGCCGGUCUGGUCUGCAAGAAGUGAAGUGGGAAAGAGCCGGGCGUGCUGCUACGUACGUUAUCAGUACAGUAGCUCAGUUCGAUAUUUGGUUUCCGAAUAAAUCAACCUCUGGUACGUGAUGUCUUGUGUUGUUAGUCGUCGUGAGUGUGUAUGUAGGGCAACGAACGUUGGAAAGCCACGCGUUGCUCGGUGUGCCGGGCUAGGAUCGGAUCGGCAGGCAUGGUUCCAAGUUCAGAUGCAUGUCGACAGAAUCUUGGCUACUUUUCCCCAAUGUUUUUUCGAAUAAAGAUUGAAGAAUGAAGUUUGUGAUUCGCUUUUUA